AGUGACAUAAAGUUCCUCAAUCUUUGGAUGAAGAUGAUGAACCCUACAAAAAUUAAUCAUACCUUUAUGGGUUACUUUGUCCUGUUCGUUUGGGGUUUUGUGUUGAUGGAGGUUGGUUUAGGACAAAACCCAAAAAGUGAAAUCAAAGUGGGAGUAGUUCUUGAUCUCAAAACAAACUUUUCCAAGAUCUGCCUCACUUUCAUUAACAUGUCGUUGUCUGAUUUCUACGAAAAGCAUGCUGAUUACAACACAAGACUUGCGAUUCACGUUCGAGAUUCCGCUGGAGAUGUUGUUCAGGCUUCAGCUGCAGCCUUGGACCUAAUCAAGAACGAGAAAGUGAGCGCGAUCAUCGGACCAAGAACCUCUACGCAAGCCGAGUUUAUGAUCAAACUGGCUAACAAAUCUCAAGUGCCGACCAUCACAUUCUCCGCAACAAGCCCUCUUCUCACAUCCAUUCACAGCACUUACUUUGUUCGAGCCACAGUCAACGACUUAUCCCAGGUCAAAGCCAUUGCGGCCAUUGUCAAAUCAUUCCGGUGGAGAAGCGUCGUCGCAAUUUAUGUGGACAACGAAUUCGGAGAAGGAAUUAUGCCUUAUUUAUCUGACGCUUUACAAGACGUGCACGCCCUUGUAGUCUAUAGAAGUGUGAUCUCUAUGGAGGCUAACGAUGAUCAGAUUGAAAUAGAGCUGUUUAAGCUCAUGACAAUGCAGACAAGGGUGUUCGUUGCCCACAUGCAUCCAAGUCUUGGUUUUCGGGUUAUUCAGAAAGCUAGAGAGAUCGGGAUGAUGGAUGAAGGGUAUGUAUGGUUAUUUACAGAUGGAAUGAUGAAUUGGAUUCAAUCUAAUGAACCUGGUAGCAACUUGGAGAAUUUGCAAGGGGUGUUAGGUGUGAGGAGCCAUGUCCCCAAGUCGAAAGAGCUUAAAGAUUUUGGUUUGAGAUGGAAGAGAAAGUUCGAGAAGGACGUUGCAAAACCUAACGUUUUUGCGUUAUGGGCGUAUGAUUCGAUCACUGCAUUAGCCAUGGCCGUGGAGAAAAGAAGCAUAGAGAGCUUGUGGUAUGAUAACGCUAAAGGUUCAUCAAAUAACAAGACAGAUUUGGGGAACCUUGGGGUCUCUCACUACGGUCCAAGUCUUCUAAAGGCUCUCUCGGAUGUAAGAUUCAAGGGUUUAGCCGGAGAGUUUAAACUCAUUGACAGGCAGCUCGAGUCAUCAACUUUUGAGAUCAUCAAUAUUAUUGAAAAUGAGGAGAAGGUUGUCGGAUUCUGGAACAAAACGACCUCGUUUUCAGGGGAGAGGUUCAGGCCUGUAAUAUGGCCCGGGAAGCCGAGAGUUACUCCAAAAGGAUGGGAGAUUCCAACGAAAGGGAAGAAGCUUAGGGUGGGCGUUCCUGUAAAGAGAGGCUUCUUAAAUUUUGUGGACAUAAAGACAGAUCUCCCGACCGGUUAUUGUAUAGACGUCUUCGAAGCAGCUCUUACAAAGUUACCUUACUCAGUCAUUCCUCAAUACUUUCGGUUCGAAUCUCCAGAUGAGAAUUAUGACGAUGUGGUACAAAAUGUCUAUAACGGGAUUAGGUAUGGGGACGUGCCUUUAGUCAAGUGGUCAAAUGGCCCACCUAUGCGGGUUUCUCCACCUAUGACGUGGGAUGCAGCAGCAGGAGAUAUAACUAUCAGAGCAAAUAGGUCUUUAUUAGUUGAUUUCACAGUACCCUACACAGAGUCUGGAGUGUUUAUGUUGGUGCCGUUGAGAGACAAUGAGAGCAAGAACACAUGGGUGUUCCUCAAACCUUGGAGCUUAGACUUAUGGGUCACCACUGCUUGUUUUUUCGUAUUCAUAGGAGUCAACACCGACUUUCGUGGACCGCCUCACCACCAGAUCGGCACAAGUUUCUGGUUCUCCUUCUCCACUAUGAACUUUGCCCACCGCCCGGCCAUAUCUUGA